CUGUCGCCGGAUCGGUCCUUACUUCUCAAUUGACUCGCUUCUUUCCAGAAAGAAGAAAGGAGAAUAUUUCCUGCGCCGGGAUUGCGCCAUUUUAUUCUUCUAUACAGGUCCCUCGUUGCACUGCUUUCUUUCUUUUCUUUUCUCUUUUUUUCUUCUCAUGAACAGCUAAUCCCCUUCGUCGGGCAUAAUUGACGUCGCGGCUUGCAACACCAAAAAAAGGAACUAAAUAACCCACAUCGCGAUGCUCGGCGCUCGAGCAGCUCGGCAAGUGGGCCGUCUUGGCCCCCGCGGCGCGAACCUGACGGCACGGACGACCCAACGGAGCAGGAUACGGCUUCAACCCUUGUUCACGAGGACGCCGAGUAUUACUAGGCCAGAGGCUGCAGGGCAAAGCGAAGGAACGACGACGACGACGACGGACCUUCAUCCCUCGAGGCCUCUCUUCCCUGCGCCCCUGGUGCUCGCGCGCCAAUUAUCGGGCAAGCCCCUCCCUCAAGGAAAGCCGCGGCUGCUCAACUUUGCCUACCGCGCCGCGGCGUGGCUCGGCGGCUCGGUGCUGCUGAUCGGCGUCGGCGUGCUCGGCUUCUUCCUCUACGACGCGUCGACCUACCACACGCACCCGAGCCAGGCCGACAUCGACAUCUCGGCCCUGGCCCUCAGCCCCCGCCGCGGCGGACCCAAGAACCUGCCGAUCCUCGAAUACUACAUCGACGAUGACGACAGCGAGGAGAUGCGCCGCCAGAAGGACAAGCCGAGGCUGGUGAUACUCGGCGGCGGCUGGGGCGGCGUCUCGCUGAUCAAGGAGCUGGACCCGGACAACUACCACGUCACCGUCAUCUCUCCCGCAAACUACUUCCUCUUCACGCCGAUGCUGCCGUCCGCCACGGUGGGGACGCUCGGGCUGCGCUCGCUGGUAGAGCCCAUCCGGAGGAUCGUACACGGCAUCGGCGGCCACUUCCUGCGCGCCCGCGCCGAGGACGUCGACUUCUCGGCCCGCCUGGUCGAGGUCUCGCAGGUGGACUGCAACGGCGUCGAGCAGCGCUUCUACGUCCCGUACGACAAGCUGGUCAUCGCCGUCGGCUCCGUCACGAACCCGCACGGCGUCAAGGGGCUCGAGCACUGCCACUUCCUCAGGGACAUCAACGACGCGCGCGAGAUCCGCAACAAGGUGAUCCAGAACCUGGAGCUCGCCUGCCUCCCGACGACGACGGACGAGGAGCGCAAGCGGCUCCUCUCGUUCGUCGUCUGCGGCGGCGGCCCCACCGGCGUCGAGUUCGCCGCCGAGCUCUUCGACCUGCUCAACGAGGACCUGAUCCAGCUGUUCCCCCGCCUCCUCCGCAACGAGAUCUCGGUCCACCUGAUCCAGAGCCGCGACCACAUCCUCAACACGUACGACGAGACGCUCUCCAAGUACGCCGAGGACCGGUUCGCGCGCGACCAGGUCGAGGUGCUGACCAACUCGCGCGUCAGCGAGGUCCGCCCGGACAGCAUCGUCUUCACGCAAAAGGACGCGGACGGCGGCAUCGUCACCAAGGAGCUGCCCAUGGGCUUCUGCCUCUGGUCGACGGGCGUGUCCCAGAACGAGUUCUGCCGGCGGCUGGCCAAGAAGCUCGGCAGCGCCCAGAGCAACCGGCGCGCGCUCGAGACGGACACGCACCUCCGCCUCAACGGGACGCCGCUCGGCGACGUCUACGCCAUCGGCGACUGCGCGACGGUGCAGAACAACGUUGCCGACCACAUCGUCACCUUCCUGCGCAGCCUCGCGUGGAAGCACGGGUCGGACCCGGAGAGGCUGCAGCUGCGCUUCUCGGACUGGCGCAGCGUGGCCGAGCAGGUCAAGCGGCGCUUCCCCCAGGCCGUCGGCCACCUCCGCCGGCUCGACAAGCUCUUUGCCGAGUACGACCGCGACCAGUCGGGCACGCUCGACUUUGGCGAGCUGCGCGAGCUGCUCCGCCAGAUCGACAGGAAGCUGACCAGCCUGCCGGCCACGGCCCAGCGCGCCCACCAGCAGGGCCAAUACCUGGCCCGCAAGUUCAACAAGCUCGCCCGCGCCACCCCGGCCCUCCGCGCAAACGACAUACUCGACGGCGACCUCGACGCCGCCGUCUACAAGGCCUUCGAGUACAAGCACCUCGGCAGCCUCGCCUACAUCGGCAACUCGGCCGUCUUCGACCUCGGCAAGGGCUGGGGCUUGGCCGGCGGCCUGUGGGCCGUGUACGCCUGGCGGAGCAUCUACUUUGCCCAGAGCGUCAGCUUCCGCACCCGCGUCAUGAUGGCCAUGGACUGGGCCAAGAGGGGGUUAUUCGGGAGAGACUUGAUGAGCUACUGAGCGAGUUCCCGAUAUCUACUAAUAUGCUCCCAUGUACGUACGGGCUUUGGAUAUCUUAGUGCGAAUCCCGUGUGCGACUGUGACUUCUCCUCAUUUUCUCCUUGGAGUUCCACAGCAUUUAUUGGAAUCUAGAGUCGAGAUAUCCCACGAUCAUGCAAGCGCACCACAUUUACAAAACGUGGGGAGAAUGUAUGUUAUUGGCACUUUGCGGCG